GUUCCCCAGGAGACGUGCAGGUUUUGCCAGGGAAAACACCAGUUUAGUUUGUGAUCCGUGUCAAAUCAAGGGGUCCAAAUGUUUUCCUUGUCAGAGUUGGUUUCGCUGGAGCAGCACGAGAACAGGUCCAAACUGCUGAAGCCAUGGUGGGAGGUCUUCAUGGACUAUACGGUGGUCCUGAUGUUGAUGACCUCCGUUCUUGCCAGUACGGUGCAACUGUCCAGGGACAAAGUGGUGUGCAUUCCUUUGAAUACACUUGCCUCAGUAAAUUCAAGUUACAAUCCCUCAGACUCUUUAGCAUCACGGUUGCCAGCACAUAUUGCACCUGACGAUGGCCAAAAUCUUCAUUUGACUCCUUCGGGUCGACGCACUCAUCUAGUUUACCACCAGUAUGUCUAUGUUAGCCAGGUGUGCUCCCAUGAAAUUUUGCCUUGGUCUUCCCGAUUCUUCCCCUACGUAGCACUGCUGCUGUCUCUAAUGUUGGUGGCCAGCGGCUCCUUCUGGCUCCACUUCCCCCGCACGUCUGCGUGCAUCGAGCACUUCCUGGCCAUCUUGGCAAAGUGUUGCGAGUCACCGUGGACGUCCCAGGCCCUGACCCACACUGCCCGACAGGAGAACCUCCAAGACAAACAAGUGCCACAGAAGAGCCUCCAUGGCCACUUGAGAGGCGAGUCAAACCCAUCCAGGCCAUUUUUGAAACAGUCAGAUUCUCCCACUCCUCCUUCGCCGUGCCCUUCCAGUCACUCCAUUGAUUCCACUGUGACCGUUAGGCUGACCAGUUCCUCUGCCCCCUUCCCGAGUCACAGCCCUCCUUGUCCAAGGCAAGGAAUUAGUCUUGAUAAAAGUGAUGGUGAGGAGGCCAGGGCCCUGUUUGAACGGGUUAAGAGAUUUAGAUCCCACUGUGAAAGCUCAGAUGUCAUUUACAAGGUGUACUUGGCCCAGACGAUAUUCAAACUGCUGAUGGUAACUCUGAUUUUGAGUUACAUCGGCCCUCUUCUCAGUGCUUUUUCUUUCACCCACAUUUGUCACCCUGAGGUGCAACCCUUGGUAGGCUACGCAACCUUUCAGUGUAUCCAUGUGCUCUCGUCCCUCCUGCACAAACUGCUGUUGACCUACUUGACCUUACUGGGACUGUACGGCCUUCUUAACUUUUACACCCUCAGCUGGAUUUUGUACAACUCUCUCCGGGAGUAUCCCUUCGAUUUGCUGAAAGAGACAAAGUCCCAGAGAGACAUGCCAGAGCUGAGGAAUGACCUGGCCUUUCUUUUACAUAUGUUAGACCAGUAUGACCCGUUGCUGGUCCAGCACCUCUCUGUUUUUCUCUGUCCUGACAGUGAGAGUAAUUUGCUGGAUACACAUUUGGAGGGACACUGGGGGAAGGAUAAGCUGCGUGAUUUGACUACUUCUGACCACCGUGGGCGCACCUGUCUGCAGCUGGUUGCCCUUCCUCAACUUCCUCCUGCCCUCUUUACACUCAGCCACCUUCAGGUCCUCAAACUGGAGCUCAUCACAGACGCUCGUUUUACAGUACAGGUGUCCGACAUGACCUCCCUUAGGGAGCUCCACCUCUACCAGUGCACAGCAAUAGUGGAGCCCAGUGCACUCAGAGUCCUCCAAGAACGACUUGAGGUCCUCAGCAUCGUCUUCGCCCACUCAUCGGAGAUCCCCAGCUGGGUUGUCUCCCUCCGCAGUCUCCAUGAGCUUCACCUAUCUGGUCGCCUGGGGCGCAGCUGGCCUCUCAGGAGCCUCAGAAACUUGCUUCACCUGCGUGCACUGGUGAUUCACGGCAUGCUACAGCAGCUCCCUGGAGUGCUGCAUGAGGUGGCUGGCAGCUUGGUGAGACUGGAGGUUAGUAAUGAAGAUGCCAAACUGCUUGGAGUUUCGAGCUUGAAGCAGAUGGUCGAGCUGACAGAGCUGCAGCUUCGGGGUUGUCAGCUUGAGCGUUUGCCAUCUUCCCUGCAAGCUCUGAACAAACUACAGGCUCUCGACAUACACAAUAAUAGGCUGCGAACUCUGGGGGAACUUUCUCAUCUGGCUCAUCUCAAUUGUCUGUCUUGCCUCAGACUUUCCAAUAACCACAUCGGAGCUCUACCUGCCUGUAUUGAUGAACUAAAAGGACUUGCGGUCCUUGAUCUGUGCAACAACCAACUCCUGAAUAUUCCUUUGCCACUCUUCUCUCUUUGCAACCUUCAAAAGCUCCUGUUGGCUGGGAACCUGCUUGAGAGGCUCCCUGCAGAGGUGAAAGCACUGCAACAGCUCACAGAGUUAGACAUCAGUAGGAACAGGCUACAGAGGCUCCCUUCAGAGUUAUUCACUAACUGUAUGAAGCUUUGCCUUUUAAAUGUAUCACACAAUUCUCUUCGAUCAUUACCAGUGGGGAUUUCAUCCUUAAAUCGUCUGUGCAAGUUUGAUCUGCGUAAUAACAGUCUGUGUGAACUGCCUGCCGAAUUGGGCCGCUGCUCAGGCUUGCGUGGAGGUGGUCUCCUGGUGGAAUAUUGCAUUUUUCUCUCAUUGCCUCCACGUGCAAGGGACUUCUUGAGCAAUUCUUGCUGCUUAGGCUCAAAUGAGUCAGAUUUAGACGAUUUUCCACACGUUUCUCCUUCACAGUGGCGAUUCUCAUCAGCCAUGGAAUCACAGAUAUGA